GCCUUUUUGAGCGAUGAACAUUUUGGAUCAGUUAGAUACCGUCGCACAGCAAUGAGGCCCACAUACACCUAUCUUCUUCUUGCCUCCGUUUCCUGUGUCCAUGGUUGGGGUAACAAACCGCAAAAGCCUCAACAACCUGCGUUCUGCUUAAAACCACCGUUUAAUGGCAACUGUCAACCCAUAGCGCCACACUGGUACUUUGAUGACAAACGAAAGAUGUGCAGACCGAUGAAUCCUGGAGUUUGCAGUGGAGGCAGCAACAAGUUUGUUUCCUAUAAAAAGUGUAUGGAAGUCUGUCAGCCACGCACUAAGAUCGUCUACCCGCAGUGCCUGAAACCACCGGUUAUGGUCCCCUGUGGUACGGUACGCCAUGCUUGGUACUUUGACUCGAGCACGAAAACCUGCAAAAUGUUCAGUUACAGCAAAUGCACCAGUGUUGGAAACAACUUCUUCACAGAACUGAAGUGUCAGGCGGUGUGUCUACCAAAAAAGAAGCCGGAACCUCUCUGCAGCCAGGAUCCUAUACCUGAUACUUGCUUUCUACGAAGGAAGCACUAUUACUUCAAUUUUCAAAACAACACAUGUAUGGAAUUUCCAAAGAAAGGCUGCGGGAAAGGCCACAACAGCUUCGCCUCCUUGGAAAAGUGCAUGAAUACAUGCACCUAUAACCAAACCACAGUGGCCUGCCGAACUUGCGAACAAAAACUUCAACAUGUGCAUCCGCCCACGGGAAAGCCCGGAGCACCCAACAUUGUGGGGCCAGUCAGUCCACUUGCCCCACCAGGCCAGUCCACCUCACUUAACCAACCUAACCAGCCCGGUCAAACUCGCCCUAUAAGACCAGUGGGCCCAGCUCCUCAACCGGCCACUCCGACCUCACCCAUGAAUCCCAGCCAACCAAGUCAAGUCGGCUCACGCUCACCCGGCCAUGCCAACGUACCCAAUCUUGCCACUACAGCUGGUCAACCCAGCAUGCCCCGCUUUGAAUCACUCGGCCAACCUGCCCUGCCUAACUUUUCAAGUGCAGCUGCCCAACCUCAUCGAGCCGUGGUACCUAGAAAUCCCACUCAGUCUAAUCUGCAGGUAUAUCCCGGCGUUCCACCAGCCCGUUCUGCUAGGCCAAAAUAA